AUGCUCUUCGCCAACACCAAGACAUUGAUGUCAAUCCUUCUUGCUAUCAGCGCAAUUCCCACUGGGCUGUGCGCUCCUACCUCCAACUCUGGGGAUGCAAUCGCAGUUCGAGAGAUUUCUUCGUCAGCUCCCCUCGACAUGGGUAUUGAUCUCUCCGACAAGGCCGGCGUGUCUCGCGCAAUUACUGAGCGCGACGCCGCCAGUGAUGUCCAUCUGGCCAAACGCUACCUCAUCGGCUCUCCAUACCAGAAGCGAACGAUUCAGGUUGGCUUGAAGAAGGCUGUACACGGCCUUGCAGCGGGUACCACCUGGCUUUGGGAGAUCAGCUACGGAUACACCACCACCAACGGAGGCAAAGAAGGGAGAUUGAAUGGCAACCUUGUUAAAGGCGACGGCUCGUUUGCUUGGGGCCCGUUCAAAAUCGACCAGAGUUUUGUCAGCAGCGUCGAUGGCAUCGUGACAGCAACUUUCAACGCAGUUGUCGCGAGGACAAACGAGAAGAUUCAGCUUACCCUGACCUGGGCUGAGGAGUUCACUUCCAAAGGUGCAACUCUGGAGGAUCAUGGUAGAUCCAGCUUUUUUACCUACUUCUCUGCCAACGGCCGCCAGGAACGUUUGGGCCAGGACUUUUUCGAGUACGGCCUCAAUCAGAGCUAG